GAAUGCAAAUAACAAAUUCUUUUGACCCGAGACGUCAUCGACGAGAGAGAGAGAGAGAGAGAGAGAGAGGGUUUCGGGGAAGCAGCUAGAAGAGAGAGAGUGAGCUUCGGUAUUCAAUAUUCUUCUCUCUCAAGGAAUCGCGUUGUAUUCGGAGAGAGAGGAGGGAUUGGCGAGGAAGAAACCCUGGGAGAGAGAGAAAGUGAGCUUCGGAUUUCAAUUUUCUCUCUCCAGGAAUCGCAUUGCAUUCGAAAUCUCCCACCUUCACUCACCAAGAAAGGGACAUUUUCUACUGGGCAUGGCAUAUAGUAAAGGAUCCUCAAACAUAAAAAAUAUGAUUUACAGUGGGAAGCACUCUUUACUUCCUCCUAAAAGUCCAUUUCCAAGUAUUUCUCCAUCAUAUGUUGAUUAUGUCCCAAGUCCUGCUCUUGGAUCAAAGGGUAUGGAAAAACCUAGAGAGGGAAAUUCGUACCACCAACGUACUUCCUCUGAGAGUGUUCUGAUGGAGGAGCAGCCUACAUGGUUGGAUGAACUCCUUGAUGAGCCAGAAACGCCUGUGCGCAGAGGUGGUCAUCGGCGUUCAUCAAGUGACUCAUUUGCAUAUGUAGAUGCAUAUGAUGCCACUAACGUAGAAUACAGAGCUCAAGAUGAGUACAAAUCUAGAAAUAUAACUUCAGUGCCUUCAUGGGGACCGCAAGAAACUGAUCGUUAUAGAGGUGCACGGCAUGCUUCUUUCUAUACGGAACCUAAUUCUUGGGGAAAACAGAAGAAUCGGGGAUGGGAUUCAUCUUUGAAUUCAACAGCUCACCCAAGUGGCCUUCUCUCUGCUAGUGCUAACAGUAUUCUUCAAAGCUCAAGAUCAUCAUGUGCCCUACAAAAAUCAGAUGGUGUUCCAUCCCCGGCCACUGAAAAGCAGGAUCCAGUUGAAUCUGAUCCACAUGAUGCAAAAGCCGUGUCCGAAAGAAAGGAUUGUUCUCAUGCUAAGCCUUCUGCAUCUGAAACAGAUACAAAACGUGCUAAGCAGCAAUUUGCUCAACGUUCUCGAGUCCGAAAACUUCGAUACAUAGCUGAGCUGGAGACAAAUGUACAAGCUUUACAGGCAAAAGGUUCUGAAAUUUCUGCUGAGCUUGAAUUUCUCAACCAACAGCAUCUUAUCCUGAACAUGGAGAACAAAGCCCUGAAGCAACGUUUAGAAAGUUUAGCUCAGGAACAGCUUAUUAAAUACUUGGAGCAUGAAGUACUGGAGAAAGAGAUUGGAAGGUUACGAGCCAUGUUUCAGCAACAACAGCAGCAGCAGCAUCAACAGGAACUGCAGCAACAAUCUUCUAACCAUCGGCGCACAAAAAGUAGUGACCUCGAUUCAAAAUUUGCAAACCUUUCUUUGAAACCCAAGGACAACAGUUCUGGCCGUGACUUCAGGCCCGCUUCACAUUUGAAUGCAUAAUGUGGCUAGAGAGUUGUGCCGUGCCCCAAAUUUGCCUCGGCUGACUGACGAUGCCAUGCCAGUGACAAAUUGUGGUUUUCCCUUGCACGGGACCGAGUUUGCUUUUUGGCUUUUGCUUUGUAUUUAUAUUUGUAUUUGUCCACCUUCUUUUGUUAAUUUAGCAUCUUCAAGGGCACCUGGUAGUCAGUGCCAAGAAAUUCUCUGGCAGGUGAUUUGCCGGAGGUGGUGACUCUAAACAUGAUCAAUGUCGUUCCUCGUGUAUGUUCUUGUGAUUUACUUUCACAAAAUUCCUUCCAUUUUUUUUGCCCCAAUGUCCUAGCCCCUUUGGCAAUCUUGUAUAGUGCACAUAAGGCGGGCUUACCUCUAUCUAAUUCAUUCUGAUGAUUGAGAUGUGUAUUUAAAGCUUUGCUUUCUUAACGAGUUCUACUUUGACUGUGA